CAGGGGGCCGGUACUGGGGCAGCCGGCAGGGCACAGCACGGGUACUGGGCGACACUGGGGUAGGCAGGGGCAUUUGUGGAACCGUCAUGGUUGGAAGCACAGGAACCCAGGGAGCAGCGAUCGCCCGUGGAGUCCCUCUCACUGCAGGGAACAUAUGCAGGGAAAAUCCACUCCCUUGGAGAUGCCUUCAAAAAUUUUAAAAGUCUCCAAUCUUUAGAUCUGUCCAGAAAUAUGAUUGUCAGUCUAGAGGGUAUUGAAUAUUUAUAUUUGUUACAAAAUCUGAAUUUAUAUUACAAUCAUAUCUCAUCCUUGCUGGAAGUGACUCGCCUCCAAACAUUACCAGUCCUCUCAGAGCUGGAUCUGCGCCUCAACCCCAUUACCAGAAAAGAAUCCGAUUAUAGACUGUUCGCUGUCUAUACGCUACAAGCCCUGGAAAAACUGGAUGACAGAAUAGUGAGGGAGAGUGAAAGAAAAUCUGCCAUGCUGCAUUUUGGCCUAAAGAGAAAAGAGGAUUGUUUAUUUUCUGAAAAAGAAAGCGUAAGCUGUAGGGAGAAUACAGUGAAGAACUAUGCAGUAGAUAAAGGCACUUCUUCAGUAUCUAGUUUAGAUAUUGAUAGUAGCAGAAAUCAAACUGAGUCAAGCCAAAAGCAGUUAACUCAUAAACUUCUGUUAAAAUGCCAAGCAAAGGAUUCCUCAAUAAACACUUCAUCUGCUUCUGCAGUACAGGCCAGCAGCUCAGCCAGAGAGAAUAAACAAUGCAGCAACACACUGGGAACACAACUGGAAGAAGUGGCAGGAAAACAGUUGCUGAAUCACAGUCAUCUGGAAGAUGAAUACAGAUCCCUUCCAUCACCACCACAAAUGCGUUCAUCCCUGCGCUCCCCAGACAAAAUAAGAGCCGGACUCACAAGAGGAGGAUUUCGGGUGACUUUUUCAGAAAACGAUUCCUUAGACUCCUCUCUUGAGAAGGACAUAAUAGAAAAACCUAAUAUUUAUUACCUUAACCAGGACAUUUCUUCAACGAAGAAAUUGCAUUUGAGUGACACCAACAAAACGAACCCAUACAAGUCACACAGAGAUACUGGUCUAGAUAGUUAUGACCACCUCUACCUUUCCUCCACCCCUCAGAACAAGGACUUUAAGAGACUUCAAAAAGAUAAGAGAAGUACAAAUUUCAGAGAUUACAGUGUAAGCCCUGCUAAUGAAAUUAAGACAACUUCACAGUCCACUAGUAGUGAUCUACUGACACAGCACACUGAGAUGGACAAUAGCACUCGAAGCCUCUUAAAAUUCAGUUCAGAUCUGAACACCAAUACACACCUAACCAGCGAGCCUGCUCUGUUAGCCACUCGUUUUUCUACAUUAUCUACGAGCUUCAGUGAUUUAACAUCAAGGCAUCAACCUUUAUCAGCUGAAGCGUUGCUUGAGCAGUCACAGCUAGCAACGAGAAAAACAUUCCCAUCUGCAAUGCCUAGGAAAGACAGCGAAUCGGCAGCUAACAGGUGCUUGAGCCCUUCUAGAAUGGGGUAUAAACAAAGUGACAGACUGCAUUCAUCACUGUCCCCUCAGCAUUGUUUUAAAGAGUCAAAUAAGGAGUUUGUCCCCAGUGAUCUGAACAAUGAUACGAGUUUCACAGAAAGUCCAAGUCCCAAAAGGACUGAGAAAGCAUCACAUAUUGCAGUUGUCCUACAGCAGCUCCUGGAGCUGGUAGAUCGUUACUGGGAUGGAGCUGGGUCCCUCCUCCUCAACAAGAAUUUUCUUGCUCCAGCUCAAGAUUUGCUUUUGUACCUUAUGGCCUCUACCCCUCCACAGAAGGAUGUUCACCUACCAGGUGGGGAUAGCCCAUCAGUCUUAGCUGGAAAUGCUCCCAGACUUCAAAGGACCCAGCUGAAGUAUGCUGAGCCGUUUGACAGAGCAAACAUGGCUUUGCAGCAGCAAGCCAAGGGGCAGGAGGAGAGCCAUGUGUCAUCUUCCCAAUUACAGGAAGUGGACUACACUGCUGCUUCUAAUUACUGCUUCAGUGGGACUCACUCACUCACUUACGAUGAGUUGCUACAUAAGAACGAGCAGCUGAGUGUCCAAGUAGAGUACUUAACUCUGGAAUUAAAACAACAUAAGAAACUGCAGGAGACUGUGCAUCUUCUACAGGAGAGUCAGAGGUCUUUAGUGUCCACAAACAACUUUCUGCUGCAACAGCUGAAUAAAGAGCACAAUCCUAAUUCCGUAAAAACAACGCUUUCUUCUGAGAAAUUCACCCUUCGUGAGAGAUCGCCUCCCUUAGAAAGAACUCCUCCUGUAUCAGCACAUGGCUCUAGUCAGUAUUGUAAUGCAGAGCAAUUAAGCAAUUCUCCUCUCUAAAGUAAACAAGGAGUCACUUCACAUACUUAAUGUUAUAUGGAUUAUGUUCUUUUCCAUUUAAGUACAAUAUGAGAUGUCAAACUAUAUUUAAAUGUGUCCACUUUUACUGAAAUUAAUUCAUUAUCUCAUUCUAAUCUUACUUUGCAUUAGCAUCUUAAGCACCACUUGGUGUUAGCAUUCUUAUGUUUUUCUGUCUUUAUUGAUUUACCAAAAAAAUACAGAAGGCUCCUUAAAAUAAAAUGGUAGUCUACAGUCUUGCCAUCCCAAGGACGUAUGAUCUUCGCAGAUGCUACAGAGCAUGCAGAUUCACAGUUCAGAAAGUAUUGGUGAUUCAGUAGUGCAUUCAAUUUCCUCUGAAAUGGUGCUGAAUCAGUUUCCUGUGCUAGGUGGCUGUGUGAUUGAAGAUCCGAUAUUUGAUAUAAAUUGUAAAAUAAGGUAAUGUCCCAUGGCAUUUUUUGCAAGAAUUUGGAGUUCUAAAACCAGUGUCCUGGUGAAAUGUUAUUUGGGAUGAUAAUCUGCAGGUAAUUAUUUCCUCUGCAAUUUCAGUUUAAUACAGAAUAAUUUCUCUCCCCCAUCCUAAAGUGUUGUGUAGUGUUGCUGUUUGCUGCUAACAGCUGUCGUGUUCUACCCUAGAGAUGGUUGCAUUUCAGCUAUGGGAUGGUGAUUCCAGUAUAUGUUCCCUGAGAAAGAUGUAAAGCGUUAAGGUUGCCUGGUGGUAUCUUGUGCUCUUCCACAACAUCCGGUUCAAUAAAACUCAAACUGUUGAAAACCAGGAAAUAAAGCAUUAAGGUAAUUCAGCUUUUAACGCCUGAAAGGUGGACACCAAUGCAACCUUAACUCUGUCCCCCUGGAGCUGGGACUAGCCUUUAGGAGUUAUCUGCAUGCAUUCUAGCUGCAUUCACUGGGUUAAGUGUAGCUGUAUUGAAUGCUGGAGGGAUUGGGUGGGGCAGAUUAGCAGAACUGUGAAUAUGAUUUGAGGUGAUGCGUGGCGGGGGUGGAAUCUGAGCACGUCCGUGUGCUGAAAAGCAACGGGUAUGUGUGUACCCUGAGGGAUGCAGUUUGCCUCAUAUCAGCACUCAAUUGUGUAGUUGUGCCUGUAGCGAUACUGAGGGGUCUUCUUCCCCUGGGGAUUGUGGGCAGUGAGGUGUGAUGUGAGUACUGUGUGGGUGUUAUGGUGGAGACAUAGAAGUGUUGUGUUAGAGGAACCCCGUAUGCAAAUAUGAAAGGACUGUAAAAUGCACGAGUUACGGGGAUGUUUGAUGGAGCAGGCUCAGUGUCUGCGUGUAGGGCAGGUGGAGGUAGUGCACUGAACAGGAACCUCAGCUACAUGCGAGUUUUGCCUUUGAUUCUGCCCUACAGUGGGCAUGUGCCCUAUUGACUGCACGUUCCGCACUAUCUGCAAAGGUAGCAUAUGCUAGAAUCAUUGCUCAGAGGGCAGAGUUAAGGUGACGCUGGCAGGUACCGUAACUCUCUAUUCCCUGGGUUUCAGAGGUUAAAUUUUGCUGAACUCAGUGUUCUGGAAAGGUAGGCGAUACUACUGAGCAACCUUAAAUUCUGCAUUAAUGAAUUUUUUUGUCAGAGAAUUUCCUAGUUUUCCUGUGUUAUACAGAAGGUCAGACUACAUGAUCAGAAUGAUCCCUUCUGGCCUUGGAAGCUAUUAUUCAGACUUCCUGCAGAGAGGUGAGGCCUCCAAUCCCACCACACACAUGGGAGAGGGGUUCAUACUCCCCAGAGGGGCAGGGCUCUCUGGAUCCCAGCUCACAUGGAGGGAUAGGAGGAGGGGCUCAGACUUCCUCCCAGAGGGGUAGGGUCCUUUUGAGAUUCUGGCUCACAUAUAGGGGCAGCAAGAGGGGAUCAGACCCCCAGCUCAGCAUAGGGGACAGGGAGAACAGCUCAGAUCUCAGAGGGGAAGGGCACUCCAGAUGCCAGCACAGUGGCAGGGGAGGGAAGAAUGUGGAGGUGACUAGGCCCCUGCCCUUACUGCGCACCUCUCCCAUGUUCACCUACUCCAUCUCCUCCCCUUCCAUUCCCCAAAUCCCUUCCCUGUUCCACUGGCCUAAGCCCUCCCAACCCUUCUCCCCUACAUCCAUCCCUAUUUACACCCUCUACCCCCAUCCACCUUCCCUCCCUGCACUCUGCCAAACACCCCAGUUUUAUCACUGCGUCUCCGCAAGUCUGCAUUCCUCUUCAUAGAUGUGACCCUGCCCCAUAUUCCCUAGCAGGGGCUCUGUGCCCCCUAUGCCCACUUCACCCCAUAUUGUCCAUUCCCUCCACCCCAUUCUACCCCCCCAUACUAGCUGCUCUGCAUGCCCCCAUGCCCUACUCCCCCAUAUCCAUAUCCCUCAAUCUUCCACACACACACCCCCGGCCCAAAUCAGGAAUUGUGUGAGCCCUAUUCCCCUUCCUCUGCAGUCCCACCUUCCCCCCUACCCAUUGCAGGGGUACUGUGUGGCCUCCAUCUCCCCAUUCCAGGGUCCCCCCUUCUCCCCUUCCCCUUGGCAGGGGAUCUGUGUGUGCCCCUAUUCUCCCCUUUCUCCCCAUGCUCCUCCCCCCUCCCACAGCAGCGUCCCCUAUUCUCCCUCAUGGCAGGGGCUCUGAGUGAACCCUCAUUAAGCCCUUUCCCUCUUUCCCCUUCCGUGCCAUGCCUGGGGUUCUGACUGUCAUUUCCCCCCUCUCCCCAUACCAGGGUACCCCACUCUAACUCUGCCAUUUCCCACCCCACUUCCCCUUCUCUCCCCCCAAACCAGAGUACCCCAUUUCCUCCACCCCGGGCCAGGGGCCUUCCCCCUCACCAUUAGUCAUCUUUCUGGGUGGGUGAUAAGUCACUCAGGAUUUCAGCGUUUAAACUCUAUUGGGAGGAUAGGCAGGGCUGAGAUGGGGUAUUAUUACAUUUUUAACAAGUGGAUUAACCAGUUGUUUGAUCUAUAGACAGUGGAAGGGGGUACCUGAGGCAGUGGCUGUGCUAAAGAAUUGGUGGGGGCUUCAUGUGCCCCCAUUAGCCCCCCUUUCAAUUUUCUGCUUUUCCCCAAAAUCAAUAGGGUUCUGGGCACCAAUGUCUAGAUCUUUCCCUGAAAUUUUGGAAUUGAUCAGUUGCAGCGUUCAAAAAUUUAGACAAACAGGAAAAAACAGAGAUGCCCCUGAGUUGAGGGUAAGGCCUUGAUGCACUCAGUGAAAAAUGUCACGCAUACUUCCUGUUGAAGGGGCUGUGAAUUGGGAACCCCUUGGCUUUAAAGUGAUCAUUUCCAUUGUUCAAGAAACAUGAUUACAUUAUCCUGUCUUUCAUCUUCCCUCCAGCCAUCAUCCCUUCCAUCUUCCCUCUGUGCUGACUGAUCAAUCGGGGCUGACGCUCUCCUAUGAUAUUGCAGGUAGAGAAAGUAGCAACAUGCCCUGCCAUCACUCACACAUCUGCGGAGAGCAUGUGCAGUUUAUUGUCUAUGAGAAAGUGGUUUGAACUCCUCCUAAAGUAGGAGUACAAAUUAGCAGGGCACAGUCCCCAAAAGUUAAAAAACACUUGAGAGGCAGCUACUAGCCCUGGUCCUACAAAUCAUGCUCAGAUCUCUGCCAAGUGCAGGGUUCAGAUUUACGGUGCAGGGGUGUAGCUAGGUUCAGUAGCUAUAGCAUGUCCCCUUGAGCCAGCCACAUCAUCGAAUCAUAGGGCGGCUGCAAAGCCUCUGGCCUAGUCUUGCUCCAUAGGCACAUUUCACUCUCUUUGUUGCAUGAGUGCUUGCCAUGUACCGUUCUAGCGAGCUGAGCUCUUCCUUUAAUAAUGUUUUCAAUAGAGCUUCCCCCAAAAGGGCACAAGCUGAGAUGAACAUUGAGUAACUGGUGGGGGAUGAUUAAAGCCACGGUUUGAACCCCACGUGUGCAAAAAUAAACAUUGUAAGAAGCUGC